AUGACUACAGAGCAAAAAAAGGUAGCUGCCCUUCAACACUUGAAAGAGGGCGGAAAGGUGCUAGCUAUUGGGCGUGGUAAUCAGCCAGCAUCAAUGCUGUUGACACUGUUAGACCACGUAGCAGGUCAUGUCCAGGGAUCCAACACUUCACGAAAAUAUCAACGCAAUGAGAUCAAGGCUAUGAUCUACCAUUUCGGGCCAUUUGUGGCGUUCGUUACCAUAAGUCCGGUGGACUUCAAAAACCCGGUAUGCUUGUAUUACUGUGGUGUGAUUAUUGACCCCUUUAACGGUAGUGAGGCAUUACCCGACCAAAACCAGCGUUUGCGCGCUAUUGCCAAUAAUCCCACUGCCUGCGCACGGUUUUUUCACUUCAUGGUAAGAAUAUUUAUCGAGGUUCUUCUGCGCCCUGGUAGUGGUGGUGGUUUGUUUGGUGAUACCGAUGCGUACUAUGGUACUGUUGAGUCUCAGGGUCGACUAACACUGCAUUUGCAUAUGCUUAUAUGGGUUAAGGGAAAUAUUAGCCCACAACAAAUACGAGACCGUCUGACUAGCAAAGACAUUGCCUUCCGUGAUCGCUUUGUAUCAUGGCUGGAGGGUUUCCAUCAAGCUGAGCUGAACACAGGGACUUCAGUCGAAGUGGGACAGCGGAUACAUCGGAGAUAUUCCGCAAUAGAUAGUGACAUUAACAUGGAUGGUUACGAUGGUGACUCAAUGGGGCUCUCUACCGAUCCUACUUUAAGUCUUCCAACUGGCCCUCCCAACACU